CCGUGGGAAUCCCGCCUGCUUGCUUUGCUCGAGCAUGCCGCCACCCCGGUGGCGCUCCCUCCAUAAAGCUCUCUCCUUGUCCUCCUCCCCCAGAGCUCGCCUUCUCUCUUCUCUCCUCGCCACACGCUCCCUCGCGAGCUUACCGCAAGCCAUGGCGAAGCGCAAGGCAGAAGUCAUCGACGUCGACGAGUACGACAGCCGGGUGUCGUCGCUUCCAGCGCGCCCGUACUCGCACGCGUCGUCCUCCUACGCCUCUGCCAGUCGGCCCGCCACUCAGUCGGCACCCCCUGCGAAGAAACAGCGGAAGAAGAAGGAAGCCGACGCGGCGCCCCAGGAGAAGCGCGCUGCCAGGUUCAGAGCCAAGUGCCCGCAGAACAUCCUCGACCGGCUGGACCGAGUUAUCUCCCAGAGGUUCUUCAUGGUGGACCGUCAUCGGAACGGCGACGAGUUGAAGGAAGAGUUCAGCGUACUGGGUUCGACGGGGAACGUCUACACGGUGAUCGUCGACAAGACGCCCAGCUGCAACUGUCCUGACGCCACGAAGGGCAAUCACUGCAAACACAUCGUAGCUGCAUCUCGCGCAUGUUCCCCCUCGCCGCAAUUCACCUUCCGAGCAGUCCUGCAAGUGACCCAAGCAUCCGGGUACUGGUUCCAAAAAGCUCUCCUCACCUCAGAGCUCCAAGACAUCUUCUCGCAAGCCCCGCUCGCGCCCAACGCUCUCGCCAACGCUCGCGUGCGCGAGGCCUACGCGCGUGCCACAGGCAAGGCGACCUCUUCCUCCGCCGCGGCGAAGCAGCCCGAGAAGAAGCGCGUGCCCGGCCCGGAGGACGACUGCCCGAUCUGCUACGAGAACAUGCACCGCGCGAAGGCGGAUGUCCUUGUGUGGUGCGAGGAGUGCGGGAACGGGCUGCACAAGGAGUGCUUCACGCAGUGGAGUACGACGACGCGUCAGAAAGGGCAGCAGGUCACUUGCGUGUUCUGUCGCGCGAACUGGGUAGGCGCGGGCGCGGGUGCGAGCGCGGGCAAAAGCGCUGCUGCUGGGGGCAGCCGCUACGCGGAGGGCUACGUCAACCUGGCCGACGUCGCCGGAGUCAAUGCGGUUCGCGACACGAGCUCUUAUUAUCAAGGGCCGAGCAGGGGGAAGCGGCAUUACGGUUACGUGGAGUAUGUGGACGACUACUGAGGUCGUGGCGGUAUCGUAUCCCAUCUUUCAACAUGUUCUUGGACUAUCUCCAUCGCACGACGUACACUACACCAUGGCUAUUCUCAAGGUUAUGUUAUAAACUGACAUCAAUGUA